AGAACCAGUCAGUCUUUCGUGGUCUUUCGAAUCACAUCGUAGUACAUAUAAUAUUUGUGUAAUAAAAUGUAUGUGUGAAUAAUUAUAUUCUUCAAACAUUGCAUACUGCUAAAGCAUUAAUUUGCUGCAGUGUGUUUUACAGAUUUAAAAUAAAUAUUCCUUUUCUUCGACAUGAUGAUAUUUCUAAAACUAUUAUUAAGUAGCGGAUUAAUUUUUAUUGCUGUAACGGCUUUUAUUCGUAAUGAAUCUUUAUGCUAUCGACCAUCAGAAUAUAUAAAACCAAUGCACUACGAUAUCAAGCUUACAUCAUUUAUUAAAGGAAAUAUUUUCCAUGGAGAAUACAAUAUCAGCAUAAACAUUUUUAACAAAACGCAACACAUAUAUUUAUAUUCAGAAAAAUUAUGUAUUAAAAAUAUAGUUUUAAUUACAAAUUUUAAAAAAUAUCAUGAGAAUGACAAUGAUACAGUUUAUAGACCGACAUAUGAUACUGAAGAAGAUCCAAUUGAUAUUUCCUUUAUGAAAGAGUUAUCACCAGGAAAUUACACUUUAAAUAUAAAAUAUUUUGGUAUUGCUGAUAAAGGCUUCAGGAUUUUCGACACGAAAGAAAAAAUUACUUGGGUAGGUGCUCCGCAUUUCCAGAUAAUAAGCGCCCGACAAGUGUUUCCAUGUUGGCAUUCACAUAAUUUAUUAUUAGAAGCAACCUUUAACAUUUCUUUAGGAUGUCAUAACUGCACAACUUUGUCAAAUAUGCCAUUACGAAAUACGGAAAGAGAUGAGUACAAUUUGGUAUGGAAACACUACGACAUCACACCUGUAAUGUUGACUCAUCACGCAACAAUGGUUAUGUCUAACUACCACCUAUUCCAUCUUGAUAACAAAACUCAAAACAUUCAAAUGUGGUGCAGAAAUGAAUCUGGAUUUCACAUAGAUUUUGCAAAAAAUAUAGCUGAAAAUAUCACAUUGUUGUUUAAAAAUAAAUGGCAACUUUCGAAUAAAAUACCGUACGUGACUCAUGUUGCAAUUCCAAAUUUCCAUGACGAUGGCACAAUUUUCGAAUUUGUUUUUUAUAAGGAAACAGAUAUCAUCUUCGAUAAAAAUGUAUAUCCUAUUGCUCACACGAUUGAAGUAGCUCAAUUAGUAGGACGUAAAGUGAUACAGCAAUGGUUUAAUGACAUGAUGAACAAUCCGUUAGUGUCAGAUUUUUGGUUUAAAAAAGGUUUUAUUACAUGGCUUGCAACGCAUGCUGUAAAUGAGUUUUAUCCUGAUUAUCAAAUAACAAAUUUAUUUGUUGUUCAAAAUCAACAUUAUUCUUUUAAUUUGGAUGGUGAUUAUUAUAUGUGGAAUUUUACUUCACAAGUUAACAGUUCAUUGAAAAUCCCCAAUUCUAUCAGAGCACCUUUUAUACUGCGCAUGAUGUACCACGUCACAGAAAAAAUAUUUCCAAAAGCCAUAAGGAUAUUUGUAUGUGUAUAUAAGAACCCAUUACACCGUUUAGACUUUGUGAAGUUUAUGAGAGAUAUUGCUUCAGACGUAAAUCAAGAUAUUGUUUCGCAACUAACAAAAAUGGAAAAUUGGGCUUCAGAAAUACAUUGUCCUCUUAUUAAACUAGAACGAAAUUAUGAUAAUCCUGAGAGCCUAGCAAUUCUAUCGAUACAAAAUAUCGACACAUUAAAAAUUCGGUGCAUUCCUGUAACUUUUACUACGCAAACGUUUCCCGAUUUUAACAAUUUUACUCAUUAUUUGCUAUGCCAGGAAUGGGAUAAAUCUUUACCAAUACCAUUCACAUUAUCAUUACCAUAUAAAGAAUAUGGUUGGAUGAUAUUCAAUAUACAACAAAUUGGAUAUUAUCGCGUUAACUAUGAUAAUGAGAAUUGGAAAAGAAUUUCAACUUAUCUAAACUCUGAUGAUUACACGAAAAUUCAUGUUCUUAAUCGUGCCCAAAUUAUCGAUGAUGCAUUUCAUUUAAUGAUAGCAGGCAAACUCCAAUCCCAUAUAUUCUGGGAUAUUAUAAUGUAUUUGCAUCGAGAAAAAGAUUAUAUAGCAUGGUAUCCUAUGUUUAAAGCUCUGGAAUACAUAUUUAGUACUUUUCCAGUGUUGGAAGAGAAAAAUAAAAAUGUUGCGACUUUAGUAAGAGAAAUAUUACACAAUGUACUUGAACUAAUCAAAUAUGAAGAAAUUGAUGAUAUUGACGAACUUAAAACGAUAUGUUUACGACAAGAAGCUGCAAAAUGGGCAUGUUUUCUCGGUGACAUCAAUUGUAAGAAGACAGUCAACAAUAAGUUAAAACAACAUCUCCAAGAUCCUACAAAUUACAAACUUUUUCCAUGGUGGAAAGAAUGGACAUAUUGUAAAGGUUUGAUGACUACCAUAGACGAGACCACAUGGCAAUUAGUGUAUACUAAAGGAUUGAAAAAAUCUGACACUAAAUUUUUAGAAUACUUGGCUUGCCCUGAAGAUAUUAAUCUCAUCAAAAAUUAUUUAACAUUUAAACAAACUAUUUCUCCAAAAGAGAAUUAUCCGAAUUCUUUUAACAGUUUCUUACAUAUUAUUACGAAGCACGCAAAGAAUUCAGCUAUACUGCAGCACAUAUUAUAUAAUUUUAACGAAAUAAGACCGAAAAAUGUUAGUAUAACUGCAGCAUUAAUUAUUAUUAUUAAUAACGUAUAUUCUGUAAAUCAAACUCAGGAAAUAAACAACUACGUUGAAAGCAUGAAGAUCAAAUCAGAUCUAUUUGUUAGAAUGAAUUACACAGAAAAUUUUGUUAAGAGCUAUCACAUAGAAAUGAAUUUCAUUAAGCGGAUUUCUGACAAAAUUGAAAGCCGAAUAUCAAUUCGCAACAAACAAAUCAAAAGACAGAAAGAGUAUUUUGAUAGAUUUUUCUAUUGAUAAAUUCUAAAAUAAAAAGAUUGCAGCUUUGCAUGGAUGUAUUACUAUUCGAUGCCUUUGUAUUUACAAAUAUUUAUGGCUGCAUGCAUCAAGUUUUUCAUUUUUUGCGAACUUACUUUAUGUAAUUGAACUAUAUAUUAUUGCCUAUGUUCACAAUAAAAUAGCCAUAUAAUAUUA